UCUAAUGGUUUGCUUGAUGAUCCGAAAAAACGAUUUUCAGUUGUUGAGUCAAGUAAUCAUAGUAGUAAAGAAAUGAUCAAAGAUCGACGAAUUAGUUCAAGAUUAGAUGUAGAUAUUAGAAAAAUACCACCAACAAAAAUUCCGUUACUAAAUAGUCGAGAUGUGGUUGAUGUGAAUGAGAAUGAGAAUAGUGAUGAUAAAUGUAACCUGGAUCACCAUAAGCAACAAUCGAAUGGCAACGGUGUAAUCUUAAAAUCUGAGUUAUCGACCCCGAUACAAAACCAGAAACCAACUAUUGAACAUGAGCCAAAGCAACAGCAACAACAGAAAACCAAAUUGGGUUCCAAAUUUUUUGAUUUGAAACCGAAGACCAAAGUACAGGUUUGA